CCGGUGCUGCCCCCGCCCGCCCAGCGCGGAGCGCGGCCCCGGUGGCGGAGCAUGGCGGGUGCGGGGGGGCCGGCGCCGCCCUGGUACCACCGGGACCUGAGCCGGGCCGCCGCCGAGGAGCAGCUGGCGCGGGCCGGGCGGGACGGCAGCUUCCUGGUGCGGGACAGCGAGAGCGUGGCGGGGGCCUACGCGCUCUGCCUGCUGUUCCAGAAGCACGUCCACACCUACCGCAUCCUGCCCGACGAGGAGGACUUUCUGGCCGUGCAGACGUCGCAGGGGGUGCAGGUGAGGCGCUUCAAGACGCUGAGCGAGCUGAUCGCCCUGUACCUGCAGCCCAACCAGGGGCUGGUCUGCACCCUCCUCUUCCCCGUCGAGAGGGAGAAGGAGAAGGAGAACGCGGAGGACAGGGACUACUCGGAUGGAGAGGAUGAAAAGCCGCCGUUACCGCCGCGCUCCGGCUCCACCAGCUUCUCCGGCACCUCGGCAGGGCUCAGCCCCACCAGCCUGGGGCCGGCCGUGCCGGAGGGGGCGGCGGAGAGCACCAACGGCCUGAGCAGCAUCUCCCACGAGUACCUGAAGGGCAGCUACACGCUGGACCUGGAGGCGGUGAAGGGGGGGGCCAGCAGCCUCCCCCACCUCAACAAGACCCUCGUCACCUCCUGCAAACGGCUGCACAGCGAGGUGGACAAGGUGCUGGCGGGGCUGGAGAUCCUCUCCAAGGUGUUCGACCAGCAGAGCUCCCCCAUGGUCUCCAAGAUCCUGCAGCAGACGGCGGGGCAGAGCGGGGAGCAGGAGCUGGAGAGCCUGGUGCUGAAGCUCUCCGUGCUGAAGGAUUUCCUCUCCAGCAUCGAGAAGAAGGCGCUGAAGGCCCUGCAGGAGAUGAGCUCGGCCGCCCCCCCGCCCCCCCCCCCGCCCCUCUCCCGCAAGGCCAAGAGCAUCCCGGUGCAGACCUUCGAGGUGAAGCUGGACGUCACCCUGGGGGACCUGACCAAGAUCGGCAAGUCGCAGAAGUACACGCUGAGCGUGGACGUGGAGGGGGGCAAGCUGGUGGUGCUGAAGAAGCAGAAGGACUCGCAGGAGGACUGGAACACCUUCACCCACGACAAGAUCCGGCAGCUGAUCAAGUCGCAGCGGGUGCAGAACAAACUGGGCAUCGUUUUCGAGAAGGAAAAGGAUAAAACGCAACGGAAAGACUUCGUUUUCGUCAGCGCCCGGAAGCGGGAGGCUUUCUGCCAGCUCCUGCAGCUGAUGAAGAACAAGCAUUCCCACCAGGAUGAGCCCGACAUGAUCUCCAUCUUCAUCGGCACCUGGAACAUGGGCAGCGUGCCCCCGCCCAAGAGCAUCACGUCGUGGUUCACCUCCAGGGGCUUGGGGAAGACGCUGGACGAGGUGACGGUCGCCAUCCCCCACGACAUCUACGUCUUCGGCACCCAGGAGAAUUCCCUGGGGGACAAGGAGUGGGUGGAUUUCCUCCGCGCCGUGCUGAAGGACUUCACGGAGGUGGAGUACCGCCCGGUGGCCAUGCAGUCCCUGUGGAACAUCAAGGUGGUGGUGCUGGUGAAGCCGGAGCACGAGAACCGCAUCAGCCACGUCAGCACCUCCAGCGUCAAGACGGGGAUCGCCAACACCCUGGGGAACAAGGGAGCCGUGGGCGUCUCCUUCAUGUUCAACGGCACCUCCUUCGGCUUCGUCAACUGCCACCUCACCUCCGGCAACGAGAAGACGGCACGGAGGAACCAGAACUACCUGGACAUCCUGCGCCUGCUCUCGCUGGGGGACAAGCAGCUGAGCUCCUUCGACAUCUCCCUCCGCUUCACCCACCUCUUCUGGUUCGGGGACCUCAAUUACCGCCUGGACAUGGACAUCCAGGAGAUCCUCAACUACAUCAGCCGCAAGGAGCUGGAGCCGCUGCUCAAGGUGGAUCAGCUCAACCUGGAGAAGGAGAAGCACAAGGUCUUCUUGCGCUUCGGCGAGGAGGAGAUCACCUUCCCCCCCACCUACCGCUACGAGCGGGGCUCCCGGGACACCUACGUCUGGCACAAGCAGAAGCCCACGGGGGUCCGCACCAACGUGCCGUCCUGGUGCGACCGCAUCCUCUGGAAGUCCUACCCCGAGACUCACAUCAACUGCAACGCCUACGGGUGCACGGAUGACAUUGUCACCAGCGACCACUCGCCCGUCUUCGGCUCCUUCGAGGUGGGGGUGACGUCCCAGUUCGUCUCCAAAAAAGGGCUCUCCAAGUCCUCCGAGCAGGCGUACAUCGAGUUCGAGAGCAUCGAGGCCAUCGUGAAGACGGCCAGCCGCACCAAGUUCUUCAUCGAGUUUUAUUCCACCUGCCUGGAAGAGUUCAAGAAGAGCUUCGAGAACGACAGCCAGAGCAGCGACAACAUCAACUUCCUCAAGGUGCAGUGGUCGUCCCGGCAGCUGCCCACGCUGAAGCCCAUCCUCUCCGAGAUCGAGUACCUGCAGGACCAGCACCUCCUGCUCACCGUCAAAUCCCUCGACGGCUACGAGUCCUACGGGGAGUGCGUCAUCGCCCUGAAGUCGAUGAUCGGCAGCACGGCGCAGCAGUUCCUCACCUACCUGUCGCACCGGGGCGAGGAGACGGGCAACAUCCGCGGCUCCAUGAAGGUCCGGGUGCCCGCCGAGCGCCUGGGCACCCGCGAGAGGCUCUAUGAGUGGAUCAGCGUCGAUAAGGACGAGACGGCGGCCGGCAAAGGGAAGGUGCCGCUGGGUGCCAGAGCCAACCAGGACUAUGCCAAGUCGGUGGGGCGGAAGCCCACCGGUGCCGAGCCGCUUGCUGCCGCCCCGGCGAAGCUCCCGGAGGAGCCCGAGAAGGGCAGCGCCACGCCGGCCCCCCGGCCCCCCGCCUCGCACCGCAGCACCGCCAGGGACGAGGUGGCCCCGAGCCGGUCCAAGGUGGAGGCGAUGCCGGAGCCGGCGGGGGGGCCGCUGAAGAACAGCUUCAACAACCCGGCGUACUACGUGCUGGAGGGGGUCCCGCACCAGCUGCUGGUGCCCGGGGACCCCGGCAAACCCCCCGCCCCCAAGGCCAAGGUGCAGCUGGCGGUGCCCGAGCGACGCCGGCACCCCUCGGCUGGGCAGCCGCCGGCGUGCCGCGGCGAGGAGAGCUCCUCGGACGAGGACACCGGCACCCUCAACCUGCCGCCGCCGGAUUUCCCCCCGCCGCCGCUGCCGCGGGAGCUGGAGCUGCCCCCGAACCCCUUCUACGGCAGCGCCAAGGAGCUGCCGGCACCCGCCGGGUGCGAGGAGCCCAAACCGCGGCCGGGUGCCGGCGGUGCCGCCUUCGGCGAGUCCCCCCCGGCCAAGCUGCACCCCUGGCCCCCGCUGUCUGCCGGGGCCGGAUUUGGGCUGGAGGGGCCCGGCAGGACCCCCGGUGCCGGGGGGCUGCCCGCGGCGGGGGGGCUGCUGGACGAUCGCUCCUGCUCGGUGCUGCAGAUGGCCAAGACGCUGAGCGAGGUGGACUACGCCGGCGGGAAGGGGAGGGCGGCCCCCGCCCCGCUGCUGGGCAAGGGGGGGCGCUUGGAGCUGCCCCCCCGCUGCCUGCCCCCCGACUACAGCCGCCCCCUCGCCUUCCCCCCCCACUCCAUCCGGGAGAGCAUCCAGGAGGACCAGGCUGAGGAGGCGCUGUGCCAGGCGGGACGUGGCGUGGGCGCCGUGCCCGGCGUGGGCGAGUGGCUGCGGGCGCUGGGGCUGGAGCGGUACGAGGAGGGGCUGGUGCGCAACGGCUGGGACGACCUGGAGUUCCUCAGCGACAUCACGGAGGAGGACCUGGAGGAGGCCGGCGUGCGGGACCCCGGCCACAAGCGCGUCCUCCUGGAGAGCCUCCAGCUCCGCAAAUAACGGCGGCCGCGCAGCCCCCGGCCCGCGCAGCCCCC